CCUCAAUAUCCGUCACCUUGUCUUGUUGCCAGUGUUCGAUAUCUAACAACUUAGACCGGGCCCAACCAAGUUGUGGGUGGUGUACACGCAAUGCCCAGGUGUGCGAGUACAAAGAAAGAAAGAAGCCUGGCCUUCGUGCAGGUUACGGGAAGGAGCUAGAACAACGCCUAGACAGGCUGGAGGACAUCAUCCAGACGCAAGCCCGUCUCAUCGAAACACAUAUUCUCCAAAGUCAACCCAGGGGGUCGCAUGAUCUUCAUCACCCCGGAGCUUUAUCUUAUAGUUCGCCAUCGGAACCCUCUGCAGCACAUGGACCGAGUCCACGGAAUCCGUUCUACAUGCAAGAACCGUCAUCCGUACCCUCGGCUCCCCGCCCGCCCGAGCCCUCUAUCACUAGUCCGACGGACGUCUCGGUGAAGAAUUCUAUUCAGAGCCACCUCACUGGCCCUCUUCCCUCUGUAACUUCCUUACCACAGAUUACAAACACUACUUCGCAGAACGACUUCAAUGAUAACGAGUCGUCUUUGAAAGUGCCUGUCAGUUUGUUCGCUAAUCAAGAACAGUCGUUUUCCGACCCUGAGCUUGACCUCCCCCCUUACGACCUUCUGUAUGCAUUAGUUGAUCUCUACUUCGAGCACCUAAAUACCUGGUGUCCAAUCCUUCAUCGAAGAACCACACUAGACACCUUCUUUGGACCUGCUCCUCUUGAAGAGGCUGACCGCAUGGUGCUUUAUGCUAUUGUUGCAACCGCUCUUCGCUUCUCAAGCGACAGUCGACUCACUGAACAAAACCGAAAACGGUAUCACGAUUGUUCGAAGCAAAAAGUCUUGCUCUAUGGUCUGGAGAACUCUUCAGUAAAGGCACUCCAGGCCCUAGUGAUUCUCGCCCUUGAUUUAGUCGGGUCAUCGAAUGGGCCACCUGGUUGGAAAUUACUCGCAUUGAUAACAAGAUCUGUGGUCCAAUUAGGGCUAGCUGUCGAGGCGAAGUCAACUCUUAUAUCUCCGGUGUAUCCGUCCAUAUAUACACUACGCGCAGUUACGCUUCCCGAAUCGGAAUCGUGGAUUGAAGAUGAAGGCAGACGUCGACUCUUCUGGAUGGUAUACCUUCUCGACCGGUAUUCAACUCUGGCAACGGCUUUCGACUUUGCUUUGGAUGAUAAAGACAUCGAUCGCAAACUUCCUUGCAAAGAUGAGUACUUUAUCAAGAAUCAGCCAGUCGAAACGAGAUGGUUCCAAUCAUCGAAUGACCGCCCAGAUAAUCUCAUUCGCUCUGAGAAUGUCGGAUCAUUUGGGCUCUAUGUGGAGAUACUUGGUAUUCUCUCGCGGAUACAUGUUUUCCUCAAGCGACCCGUUGAUAUUGGGGCACUAUCUGAUGUCGAAGAGUGGCAAGCAACCUACCGUAAACUGGAUAGUGACUUAACCACCUGGGAAUUCAAUCUUCCUACUGAAUAUACCUACGAAAAUGCCUCUCGAGCGUUCAGUGGCUCAAAACACAAAGGACACCAUUGUGAAUGGGUUCAAUUACAUUCCGUUUAUCAAACAGCAGUUAUUCGGCUCCAUUCUUCUGCAGCGUAUCCCACCACCAGGUCCCCAAUUUUUACGCCAUCAUACAGUGCUAGCCAACGGUGUUUGCUUGCGGUCGACAAUAUUCUUUCAGUUACUCGAUUCGUGGUUAACAAUAACAUCUUGGACAAGCUUGGACCACCUUUUGCGUUUACACUAUGGGUUUCUGCGCGUUUGCUGCUCGUCCAUGGCUCUACGAUCGCCCAUACAGUCAGCCCCGAUAUAGUGUUCAUCGUUGACACUCUUUUUCGUAUGGGUAAAUAUUGGAAAGUUGCGGAGCGCUACAGCACAAUAUUACAGCGAGUGCUUGAUGAGUAUGGCGAAUACCAACAAGCUGGCGCCGUUGAUGGCGACAGAUCCACGCCGUCUACUGUCAAGAUACUCGCGGACAUGCGUCGGUGCGCUUUCGACCUAGACUUUUUGAUAUCUCGGCAACCCCGUUCUUCACCAACUGCUAGCCAGCCUACAGCACAGCCAACUGGGCUACUGUCACGAAACCUAGCACCAAACGAACUGGAAUAUCUUGAUGUCUUCGGCUUCUUUAAUGUCCCACGAGUUCCUGCCGGCCGAACUCCUGAUAUCAACAAUAUUGACAUGGCAGAGCCUGUCAAUAACCCUAUGUCGAUAACUGGGCUAACUGGGGCCGGAAAUUCGAAUCAACUCCCAGUGGAUAACACCUCCACCAACACGAACGAAUUUAACAUUACGAAUUACUUGAUUCCGACCCCCGAAACAGACUGGCUAUUCCGCCCUGGGGGUUAACCACGGCCGGGGAAGAAGGUCAAAUUGAUCUCGAAGAGUCUUAUACCUGUAGUCCAGAGCUUCACUAUGCCGCUUUUAACAGCAUGAAUUAAAGUCGACCAG